AUGCCGUCUUCUACUCUAUAUCACGGUUCAUUUGUUACCUCCGGUGGGAUACCGAACAGGGCCGCUGGAUGUGGCACCACUUUGCCCCUCACUGGCGCAGUUCCUCGAGGUCUGCCUGGUAAGCGAGCUGAGAAUCCCGAUCCUAACUGGGACGGGCCGCCUUACAACCCAAAAGACGAUGGGCCCUCUUACAACCUAAAUGAUAAUGGGCCGCCUUACAACUCAAAAGACGACGGGCUACCUUACAACCCAAAAGAUGAUGGACCGCCCUAUAAGCCUGAGCAUGAUGGCCUACGCAGCGAGUCCUUGGUUACACCAAAUCAGACGGCGGGUUCUGUCCCCCCAACCACCAACAGCUUCAAAGUAACCAUUCUGGCGGAUUCCAACCGUGAUGGCAAGGUAGACAUAGCGGGUUCCACCGACUUUGCGGGCAAAGAGACAUGGACAGAAGAGUCUGGCGCGCUCUUUCUGUCCAACAUUGUCGACACAGACCGUCGAUGCUCGUCCCAGAUUACUGGCUCUUGCGCAGACAAUCUAGCCGAUAUUUUCUUCCUUGGGACUACGUUACCUGAAAAGCCAGAAUUAGACCCGAAGAUCGCUGAGAAUAUGCCAUUGCUCGAUUUCCAGUGGCAGGAUUGGUUCGAUGGUCUAAGUGAAAGUGAGAAGGCUACGUAUAAUGAGUGGAGGGGGAAGAGUGAUGAGUAUGCUGAGGCUUAUCGGAAGGUGCGGAAUGUGGAUCAGCGGAUAUCUGCAUGCCAUGAUUCUUCUGAUGAUAUUCUUCGCAACUCCACUUAUCUUGCUCCUCUUCGAACCACGCCGAAUCCCGAGCUGAGCGACUCAGCGAUAGGUUCCAUUACCGUGGCCGACAAGACCGCCGCCUCCAACGUCCGUCUCUUCCAAAAGACGGCCGGUCAAUGGAACUUCAUCUCGUCAAACUAUACCUUCAAGGCCGAGGAUCUCAAGGCUGGCCUAGAACUUGGCAUUGACGGCCGUGAUGUUCGCCGUCCGGGGGGUUGGGAUGGUAGAGUGAGAGUAGAGUUCAAGGUACAGGACGGGGAGAAGGUGGCCAAGGACUCGGUGGAGCUUCGCGUUGCGCCUGUCUUGACACAGCAUCAUGGCCAACCUCUCAAGCAACUACUGACAGCAACCGGUUAUGGAGGCGAUGACCAGCAGCGCUUUAUCAAGGAGCUCGGAGAUAUUUCUGGCAAGGCGGGGUUACAGACUCCUGUUCGAGUGAUCGAGACCUCGAAUUGCAACAAGAAUGAUGAGAUUUGGGCUCAAGACUUUUUCGAGCCCGGCUACAUGAGCAUACCUGGAUCUAACGGGCCCGUUAGCAUACAUAUCAUGAUACGAUCUGCUCAAGACUACCGCAGCGCCGGACGCAAGGUCUUCCAAGACCUGAGGUCCAAUACAGUAGGGGCUGUUCAACACCUAGCGGGCGGUGUUACCACCGACUCGACGGGCAACCUGGAGACUGUCCCUCCUUAUAAAACCAACGGGAAGUCGUACCCUGCCGGACGAGCUGUGAUGGGCUCAGCGGGAAAGAGACCCUUCAUGAUGGACUUCUUGGACGCUCAGGAAACGCAAGCCCCCAUUGAGCUUGAUACUUCGUGGCUUGCCGUCCAGCAUACAGACGAAUUCAUGCAGUUUCUUCCUGUGGAAAGUGAGCGCGGCUGGGUCAUGAUGAUGAAUGAUCCCCUUGCGGGCCUUGAGAUACUCCAGAAAGCUCAGCAGGACGGUCAUGGUAGUGAGCCGGCCGUUUCCCGUCCCAAGUCGCCGACUGACGGGGACAGGUGGCGCGUUACAAAUACCAUCGACGAACUGUUGAAUGUCACCAACUUUGCGAGUUUCCAGAAAUCCUGCGCGGAUAAGAUUGAGGAGAAUGUCAACAUCAUCAAGCGAGAGACAGGCAUUACCAAUGCGGAAAUCAUUCGCAUGCCGUCGCUCUUUCAGGUUUAUCGGAACGAGGCUUGGCAGUAUGCGGAGGAUAAGCCUAAGCCUCUCACCGAUGAGGAAAAGCCUAAGCCUUUCACCGAUGAGGAACUUGAAAGCCUUUUCGGUGAAAUUUGGCCUUCGACUAACGGCGACCAACGCCGCCAGAUCCACGAUACGGUCCAUUCCCAGACUACCAAGAGGGCCGGAGAGCAACAGGAACAGCAGCCAGCUAAGGAUUCUGAGAAGCAGGGUAGCGUCGGAUGGCAUGAUAUUCUUGAAGCCGGCACGCCGCCCCAAGAGUUGAAGAAUUACCAGCCAGCAAAUGAGACAGCGAGAAACUUGAUGGGCCGUCAAGCACAGGGUAGUGGCUCUGCCAUCUCCCUCUACCCUGCUACUAUUAAUAGCGUUGUUCUGGACAAUAAGCAGAUUCUCGCCCCGAACCCAUGGGGCCCGGUGAUCGAGGGCCAGGACGUGUUAGCCGCCGGAGUGGAUGCGGCCUACAAAAAGGCCAACUAUACGGUUCUCUACAUGGAUGACUGGUUCACGCAUCAUAAAAAGGUUGGCGACGUUCACUGCGGCUCGAAUGCCAUUCGUGAACUUACGGGUGUCAAGUGGUGGUAG